ACACCGUCCAGAAAAAAAAAUAAAAAAAAAAUACAAAAAACAAAACCAAAAAAAAAAACCCACUGACGGCUGACUUUGCGUGCUUUUUUUUUUUUGUACGGUGCUUUCACGGCUAAAAAACUACCGCAGAGUUUGCUCCAAGCUUCGGCACUGAGAGAAAAUGUUGUUACCGAGAAUAAAGUUGGGAAAGUCCGCGGUGAAAAUGGAGUUGAAGAGGCGAGUCCAGCCCUGCUGCUAGCUGUGCUAGUUAGCACGCUAACUAACUAACUAAACUACCCCCCAGCAGUAACAAGUCUUCCAGCUUGAGCUCUUCCAGAAAAUCCUACAGACCUCGACGUGUGACAAGACUGCUGCCGACACUGUAUCUCAUCUCAGUGGAUCAUAUCAGUUUUUUUCUGUGGAUAAUCUGCUUGAACCUUGAAUAUAUAUUGAGACGUCACUCCCUUUCUUCCCUUGAUUAAUCAUUUUAAUACUGUGCACUUCCACAGUGAUGCUGCCCAUGUGAUUUUUACCCUGAAAUAUUCAAGAAAAUAAGAUGAUGGGACACUGUUGUCAUUUUCAGAGGGCUUGAUGUAACCCUCGUCUGCAGGCAGUACUGAACCACUGGCAUCAUUGCAUCAACUUACAUUAACACAAUAAGAAUACCACCAACACACUGCUGGCUGGAGAAGAAAUGUAUUUAUGACCCCCCCCCCCCCCCCCCCCCCGUGGAUGUAUCUGAUGUAUUGAUGAGCUCGGAGUGCUGAUGCCGGCUCAGUGGGAUUUGAGUUGGUGUAAUUGGCUUUUUUUCAUGAACCUUCUCUCUGAGUCUGGGUACAACCUGGAUGUUGGCGGUUCAGCGUUUGUGGAAUCGGCUGUUACAGUGAUGAAGCAGGGCUACUGGUGGCCUGUGUGUUUGGGCCGGCAGCGGCCCCAGGCAUUGUGAUGGGGUGCCGGAAGAGCAAGGUUCUCCCUGAGCCUCCAGGGGACGUUCAGUUGGACCUGGUCAAAAAGAUUGAGCCACCUCGGACAGACGUCUAUCAGCACUUCAUUCAGGGAGAUGGCGCAAAAAGCAAGGUGGGAGCAACAGGUGGAGGGGGAGGAGACAAGACAGGCUCCGCCUCUCCAUAUCAUCCCCAAGCUCAGUCUGCCACGCCCACUGCCUCUGUUCAGCAGCCCAAGGGCCAAUCCAAUCUGUCUGACCCUCAGCGGAAGAAGGUGGCCAAGUACCGAGCCAAGUUUGACCCACGGGUCACAGCCAAAUACGACAUCAAAGCUUUGAUUGGCCGUGGGAGUUUCAGCCGAGUUGUCCGUGUGGAGCACAAAAGCACACGGCAGCCUUACGCCAUCAAGAUGAUUGCGACUCGCUAUCGGGAGGGAAGAGAAGUUUGUGAAUCAGAGCUGUGCGUUCUGCGCCGUGUCCGUCAUACCAAUAUCAUCCAGCUGAUGGAGGUGUUUGAGACGGCAGAACGUGUCUACAUGGUGAUGGAGCUGGCCACAGGUGGAGAGCUUUUUGACCGGAUCAUUGCUCGUGGCUCUUUUACAGAACGAGAUGCCACACGGGUUCUCCAGAUGGUCCUGGAUGGUGUCAAAUAUCUUCAUACUUUAGGUAUCACUCACAGAGACCUGAAACCAGAGAAUCUGCUUUACUACCACCCUGGAGCUGAUUCCAAAAUCAUCAUCACUGAUUUUGGGUUGGCAAGUAGCAGAAAGAAAGGUGAUGAAUGUCUGAUGAAGACCACAUGUGGCACACCAGAGUACAUUGCUCCAGAGAUCCUGGUCAGGAAGCCUUAUACGAAUGCAGUAGACAUGUGGGCACUGGGGGUGAUAGCAUACAUCCUGCUAAGCGGAACCAUGCCCUUUGAGGAUGACAACCGCAUGAGGCUCUACCGGCAGAUCCUUAAAGGGAAGUACAGCUUCUCUGGAGAGCCCUGGCCCAGUGUGUCCAACCUGGCCAAGGACUUUGUGGAGAGAAUCCUGACCGUUGACCCCAGUGAGCGUCUGACGGCUGGCCAGGCUCUCAAACACCCCUGGAUCGUUAGCAUGGCCUCUUCUUCAUCGAUGAAGAACCUGCAGCGCUGCAUAUCUCAGAACCUCCUGAAGAGGGCGUCGUCGCGCUGCCCCAGCACCAAGUCGGCACAGUCGACACGUUCCAGUCGCUCCACCAAAUCCAAUAAAGCCCGGCGGGUGAGAGAGAAGGAGCUGCGUGAGCUGAACCGCCGCUAUCAGCAGCAGUACAACGGCUAACGCAGACAUCCCACCUGGAGUGAAUCUGACACUUUGAGCCAAACGGUGCUGAAGUGACGCCGUUCGUUUGAACUUGCUGCCAAUGUGAGAGAGCCAAGCUAAAAUCUGAAAUGUUUGGUCUAAAAACGGCUCACUGACUUGGCUGGAUCCACCGCUUCCAGUGACACAGACACUUUGAUAACUGACGCAACAUCCAAGUGAUCCGGAGUGUAAGGACCGUGUGACUGCGCGUGUUCUGAUGAGCCCAAAAGGACACGUCAGUAAAACGUGAUCUUUGUAUCUUUGCCUUCUCCUUGGCAGGAAGAUGCCUGCCUCAUUCCUUCAUCUUUAUCCUUUAGCUCCUGUGCCUCCACAUAUUUAUUUAUUGCUGUUGACACCAUGUUUUCGUCUCCUUUCAAAUGGUCACUGGAUAAUGACCUUCCAUGAAGAUCUGUUGAACAGAGUUCUAGAUACUGACGUUUCUAAGAAGAAAGGAAUAAUUUAAGAGGGGAAAACAUUUCCCCACUCAAUCCUGACAGAAAAUUGCUGUGAAUUUUUAUGCAAACUUUGUCUUUAAGAGUUCAUUGUGACAUAACGAUACUCUGACGCUGCAUUCACAUGUUGGCGGCGUGCGGCAGACGCUAACCUGUAGCUUGUGUUGGUCUCAGGUGUUGAUUGAGAGGAGAGCCUGACUGAUCUGCAUUUUAUUUGGUGGGGGGGGGGCACCGAUAUUGGAGAGUAAAAAAUUACGAUAUUAAUAUAUCUGCCGAUAUAUACAUUAAAAAGAAAAUGGGAAUGAUUACAAACAUUUCAUAAAAUCUUUAUGACAAAGAAAUGUGAUUGAGGCUUGUUAUUUUACAGAUUAAACUUGAAUUUUAGUAUAAAUAACUAUAAAUAUAACCAACAAUCAACUAACGUACAUUGUGCUACCUUCACUCGGAUUGGUGGUCACCAUGUCGCAUCGCUCAACAUUUGCAUAGAAUACAUUUCAUCUAUUUUGGCCCCUCCUAUCUGGUGGCAUAACAACCACUUGUCUGUUGUCACUGUAAAACACCCACCGUGAUUGAAAGUGAACAGCAGCUGGUCAUUUUACCUCUGGCUCAUCUCUCGGUGUGACUGUGAAGUGACGGGGGUCCCAGCCAUGCUUGACAGCAUUAUAAAUUAUGUUGUUAGAGGACCAUCUCCUGCAGAAACUACGAAAUAACACCAUUUCCAACAACUAAUGUUUUUCUUCAUUGUUAAUUCUGUAAAAUAGGUUUUCACAUCAGUAAAAAUAACAGAUACAGAUGUGUUUGUGUUUUUGGUUGAUAUUAUCAGCCAACCGAUACAUCCGUCAGGCUCUAAUUGAGAGAUUUAUUCUUUUAGUGCAGAACAACUCAGUUAUUUAUGAAAACACAAAGGAGUUGGGGGGGGGGGGGGGGUGGUAAUCUGGACUCAAGUAUAUUCUGCCGUAACUCAAAAUAUAGCCUCAGAUACAACCCCUGGCAAAAAUUAUGGAAUCACCGGCCUCGGAAGAUGUUCAUUCAGUUGUUUAAUUUUGUAGAAAAAAAGCAGAUCACAGACAUGACAC